CUUGCAGCAACACUCUUCCGUAGAACACGAUCCAUACAUAUUCCACGCCAUGUUAUCUUGCCUUAGCAGGAAGGUAUCAGAUGAAAAGGUAGUAUUGAGAGAAGAGUUAACUAAAAAGAGAUCUCCACCGCCAUGCAAGGCGGUGAAGAAAAGUGUCAGGUUUGCGGAUUCAGAACCUUCCAACAACGAGAAGGAGUUCGUGAAAGGAUGGUGUGAUGGUAAUGAAGCAGGAGAAAAAAGAACAGGGAUUAGAGUGAAGGUAAAGAUGACAAAGAAAGAAGCUGCAAAGUUGCUAUCAAAAUGCAAAGAAGGAGGAGUUCUCCAAUUCAAGGAUGUUGCUCCUGAGCUUGUCGCGCUCCCACUGAAUCGAGUUACCGUUGUUUCUACUUUGCACCAAUGAUAAUGUUCAAGCUGUGUAGUAGUGAGAUUCACAAAAUUAUCUGUAGUAUGUAAUUGUCUAUGAUAGUGAAUUUGCUUAGAUUACAUUAAUAGAAAGUUUUGUUAGCUCUAGGAGUGUGCAUGCAUCGUUUCAUUUGGUUGGUAUGGAAAAGAGCAGGGUUUAACUAUGUUAGUG